AUGUUUAAGAAACGUUACCUGAAACAGAUGAUUGUGGAAUAUGAAGCCUUGGACCUUAAAAUGCCUUGUAUCCGUAAAUUCCUAAAGCCUCCGUCAUCUCAACCUCUUGCUCUCUGCUUGGAGUGUGCGUCGGAAAAAGAUUUCAGCCACUAUGAUAUUUUGCAAAGCAUAGAACAAAUUUUGCCAAAAGCCUUUGAAAAGCAGCGAGUGAAAAGUAUCCAGUUUGUGAACAUGAACGUCAUCUGCGCAACAGCAGGACAAAAAAACAGGUGGAUUAUAGCGCUAUCAGACAUCCAAACACGUAACUUAUUCUUGCAAACUGGUCUUGUGGUCUGUGGAGACUACUUCCCACUCCGUCGACAUGAUGACAUCAAUUUAGAGGAUUACAAACUACAUUUGAAGAGAACACUUGUCAAAAAGAAUAUCUUAGAUCUCCUGAGUAAUUCAUGCAACAUGAAAAUUCUGUGUGGAACUUAA